CCGAGCCUCACCAUGGCUCCUAUUCCCUCCACCACCCAAUCCCUAACCACACGCCUAACUGCCCUUGCCGAAUCCAACAAGGCUGUCGGUCAGCUCAUACAGCGCCUCGCCAAACUAGACUUCCAGCCCGGUUCACAGCCACUAGACCCUGCAGAGGGUGACGUGAGGUUGGAAUUAGGCGCCGAGAUACACGAGACACUCAAAGGAAUCGAGGAGGAACUAGAGCUUCUGAGGCAGGAAGUUGAGGACAUUACUCUACAGGGUGGCAUUGCUGGUCGAAGAAGAGACAGUAGCAAAGAGAGCGAGAGGAGCAGGCUAGCAGUACUACUUGCAAGGUUGACUGAAGACUUGAAAUCUUCACGAGCGCAGUAUCGCAAGGCCCAGCUCACUGCUAAACACAACGCCGACCGCGCAAAACUCAAAGAGCGCGAACUGCUCUUCUCGAACCUACAAUCGGGCUCCUCUACGCCUUCGUCUACAUAUCGCCAAAGAAGGCAGCAGCAAGGAACAUCAGAAGGCGAAAUUGUUGCUCAGGCCUCUUCGGACGUUACCGCCGCCCUACGUAGGACACACCAGUUGAUGAGAGACGAGCUUUCACGCUCUCGAUUUGCGCAAGAGACACUUGAACAAUCUACCGCUGCACUUGAAAACCUUGGCGACAAUUACUCUGACCUCAACACUUUGCUAGCAAAUAGCAAAACUCUGGUGUCAACAUUACUGAAGAGCCAAAAAAGUGACACGUGGUACUUGGAAACGACUUUUUACGUUCUGAUAACAACUGUCAUCUGGCUCGUUUUCCGACGCUGGUUAUACGGACCUCUGACGUGGUUUGUUUUCUGGCCGCUCAAGCUUGUCUUUCGUAUCUUUUUUGCCGUUGCCCCAAUCGGCGCAGCAUCGUCGGUUGCAAGUUCGAGCGUUGCAGUACCUUCGUCAUCGUCGAGAACCCUAGUUGUUCAGCCUAGCGCAGCUGGUGGCAUUCCCCGGCGCGAACCCAACGGUCAACCACACUAUAUUCCUGUCGGCCGUGGAGGACAGAAACAGGAUCAAGACCCCAGUCCACCAGGUUCAUAUUCGCAACAAGUUGGCAAAAUGGCGGAACAAAAUCAGCAGCAACAGCAACAGCAAGAGGAGGUGCCUGACCACCCACAGUUUAGACAACCAAGGAAGGAUGAAGAUGAUGGUCCAGUAACACUGGGCGACGGAACUGUACUUGAGGAGAGCAGUAAGCCGAGGAAUCCAAAGAAGAAAAUGUGGGAUGAAGAUGUUGAGCGGAAGAAGUUGGAAGAGGAGCAGCAACAGCAGCAGCAGCAACAACAGCAGGAGGCUGGUGGUGAGCGGAAUCGGGAUGAACUCUAAGUUGCUGUUGUUGUAGUAGAUGAGAUAGCGUAGCUGUUACCGAAAAUUCUAUAAUAUUUAUUCUUCAUCU